UCCUAUUCCUUCCCUGACAAUAAUUGUUACCUUCUCCUUGGAGAUGAAGUGAAGAGUGUGCGGAUGGUGACAGAUUGGGAAAAGUUUGAAGAGUGUUUGUUCCCCUCCUCCCAGGGACUGAGGAGGGGGAAAGCUGUCCCCAGGUUAAUGAAACACAAGGACACUGAGGAAGUGAAGAGAGAGACCAACGUUGCUGAUAAUCUUUAGCUUUGAAGACCACCACAGGAUGCUGCUGCUGCUGCUGUUGAUGUUGGGAGGAUUUAAAAUCAAGGAGGGUCACUGAUGCCUUUGUGUUUAGAGCAAGAAACAAGAAUGAGUGGGAGCUACUUCCAAAACGUGGACAAGUGGCUAAUCCUACUGACUGUGUGCCUGAUAACAAUCUGGGGACGGGUAAGCCUGGCCUCAACUCAUCAUCGGAGCCACUCAGUGGUCCAUGUUAAAGCAGGCACAUGUGAAGUGAUCGCUGCUCAUCGCUGCUGUAACAAGAACAAGAUUGAGGAACGCUCACAGACAGUCAAGUGCUCCUGUUUCCCCGGGCAAGUGGCUGGGACAACACGAGCAGCUCCAUCCUGCGUUGACGCCUCGAUUGUGGUUCAGAAAUGGUGGUGUCACAUGGAACCGUGUUUGGAAGGUGAGGAGUGUAAGGUUCUCCCAGAUCUGAGUGGUUGGAGCUGUAGCACCGGAAACAAAGUCAAAACCACCAAGGUCACUCGAUAGUCCUUUGGGAAUACGGGAGGCAGUGUUUUAUUUUUUAAAAGCUGAAAAGUGUUCCAUCUUUCAACUGAG